AUGAGGGUUUCCGCGCUCCUUCUUGCCCUCUCGGGCUUGUCUCUUGUCUGGGGUAAGCCUUCUGACUGCGUAGAGGGCCUUAGAACAGCUCUUGCAGAGGUCAAAUUCAAUGUCAGUGAUGCAGAAGAUUACUGGGGGAAUCUGUGCGUCAAAGACAUGAUUGUGAGAUCAAUGUGGAUUGCAGCAAAGCUAUAUUGCACUCCUGUCGAAAUCAUAGCGGGCUCAAAAGCAUUCGGAGAUGAAUGUGUGGAAUACGGCUCGGUCGAGUUGACGCCGUACUCUAAAAUGCUUCCUGAUCUCACAGAAGACUAUAUCAACUCCCUUCCUCUUGUUGAAUACAGUGACAUUGAGGCUGGUACUGUUUGGAAUACAUCUAUUCAACUGUCAAAAACGGUGGUGAAGGCUGGAGUUGGAACUUAUGGUAUCUUCAACCUUGAAUACAUUCUUCACGCAAGAUACGGCUGGGCUAUAUAUGGAUUCUGGGGAGGCCUUCUUCUCAUUGGAAUCAUCAACCGGUUCAUCACACAUUUCACCCAGUCUCGUCAUAUCAAUGUCUCAUCCGAUCUGGAGGGAGGCGAGAUAUCAAAACAAUCAAAUUCCGUUACCGCUAUCAGUUCGAUCCACCACUGGUUCAGAGCGCACAUCAUCAUACCUGCGACGUACGGUUCGUAUCACAGUCGGCCGCUGCUGUGGUCGACCAUCCCUACACGUAUGGAGACGAUAGUCGUCUCGUGCUUCUACGUCAUGACAUUCAUCUUGUGUUGUGUCGGCUAUUAUAUUAUCUACCCAAAUUUCUACUAUACGAAAGCACAGCAAGGCUGGCGGUAUAUUGGCGAUCGCACCGGCAUUCUUUCAUAUGCUUGUCUGCCCUGGCUGUGGCUAUUUUCUGGAAGAAACAACGUCUUUUUGUGGUUGACCGGUUGGAGCUUCGGGACAUUCAAUAUCUUCCAUCGCCACGUUGCCCGCGUUGCCACUAUUUUGGCCAUCGUGCAUUCAAUCAACUGGUCUGUUUUGGAAGGUGGCGCUGGAUAUUUUGCCGAGUCAUGGAAAGAACAAUACUGGUAUAUGGGAGGCAUGGCCACUAUUACAAUGAGUUUGCUCCUGGGGUUCUCUGUGAUGUGGUUCCGCGUCAAGUCUUAUGAAGUGUUUCUCCUGAUUCACAUUGCACUUUCUGUGAUAACGCUUGUUGGUUUGUUCUACCACACAAAGAUCUUCAAUGGCGAGUACGAUGGAUAUCUCUGGCCCCCAGUGGCAAUAUGGUGCUUCGAUCGAGCAGCUCGUAUUUUCCGAUGGCUUUACUGUAACAUCCAUGUGAGAUCGAAAUCUGUCUUGACAACCAAGGCUUUGGCGACCUACCAUAAGGACGGCGACUUUGUCAGACUCGAAAUUGUCCCUGGCUCUGAUUUCCUGAAGCCAGGACCUGGUCAGCACUACUAUCUGUACCAACCGCUAAAGUGGAAAGGCUGGGAGAACCAUCCUUUCACCUUGGCAUCAUAUGAGACAAUUGGGAGAGCUGGUGCAACGGCAAUCGUGGAAGCAGAUGCUCCAAAGGAGGCUGCGGAGAAAGAAAUCCAAAUCCAUCCUGGCAGCUCUGGCUCCAGCACUCCUUCGGAGAGUGUUCCCUCACAGUCACAACAAGAAGUCACCGUCUUCCCUGACGCAGCAGGUCAGCAGAAACUCACCUUCAUUGUACGCCCAUUCGGCAGUUGGACGAGGCGGCUUAAGGAUGAAUGCCUCAAGUCACCAGAUGGGGUCAUCACGCCCAAAGUCUUCAUCGAAGGUCCUUAUGGCGAACGAAGCCCCCUCCCCUCGUAUGAGACCGUCAUUUUCAUCGUCGGAGGCAGUGGCAUCGCUGGAGCACUACCGUACAUGCAACAACAUAUCAGAGCCAGAAACCAAAGUGCUGAAGAUACUCGCGACGGCAAAAAGGUGACGACCAUCACGAGAGACAUACAUCUCGUCUGGACCGCGAAGCAAUCUGCCAUGAUUCGUGAUGUGGCGGCACGAGAGUUACAGCCCUUCCUCGGACGCGAAGACAUCCACUUUAACUUACAUGCCACCGCCCGCAAGGAGGUCGUCCAUGGUAGUGACUCAGACAGCCAAGUCAGUUCUGUGAUUGAGGCGAACACAAAGCUGGCUCCUGUUAUGAGUGCCACUGGGCAACUCGGCAUAACAUAUGGCCGCACUGAUAUUAAAGCAUGCAUUUCGGAGAUCAUCGACGAGGUCAACAAUGCCGGGUCGAAAGGUGGUAGAAUCGCCAUCCUCACAUGCGGGCCUGCAGCUAUGGCGGACGAUGCCAGAGCUGCGGUGCAUGUUGCUCUGAAGCAGGGCAAGAGAGGUGUUGAGUACUUUGAGGAGACAUUUGGCUGGUGA